UAUUAUUAUUAUAAAUAAGAAAUUUAUGGGGGUGGCAAAGUUGUAAUUUUUAAAAAAUUAGGGGCAAAUUUGUAAUUUUAUUUGGAGGGUGGUGGCGAUAAAAUGAAAAGAGUGACGAAGUUGAAGGAUCGGGUAUAUUAAAGCCAAGCUCCAAUCUUAGCACUUUAGGUAAAAAAUCAAACCUCACGCUUUUUAGUUCUCCUCCCCAUUUUUCUGACCUUCAUCCAUCAAAAUUAAAACCCUUACCACUUACCUGACGCAGCCACUGACCUUAACUGCCACCUUCACCGUCCGGCGUUAAUGCCCCCUAGGCAGGCAUUAACCCGUGAUCGGCCCAUCGAACUUGCCGCAGCUAGCCACCAAAACUCCAAACCAUAAAUGAUGAAUAGCAUUGAACAUAGGGAGGUUAGUCAUUCUAGAGGAAGACAGUUUGAUCGAGAUGAAGACGAGGAGGAUGAAGAUGAGGAUAACGAUAUGUCUGCAUGGGAGAGGGCCUAUACUGACGAGAGAUCAUGGGAAUCUUUGCAAGAAGAUGAGUCCGGUCUUUUACGGCCAAUUGAUAAUAAGAUGCUCUCCCAUGCUCAGUACCGUCGGCGUAUACGUGCCAUCUCGUCUACUUCAACAGCUACUCGAAUUCAGAAAGGCCUUAUUCGCUAUCUAUAUGUCGUCAUGGAUUUUUCACGGGCAGCGACUGAGAUGGAUUUCAAACCAAGCAGAAUGGCUGUAAUUGCUAAACAUGUAGAGGCUUUCGUAAGGGAAUUUUUUGAUCAGAAUCCACUUAGUCAAAUAGGUCUUGUGGUAAUUAAAGAUGGUGUUGCUAAUUGCUUAACAGAUAUGGGUGGAAGCCCUGAAUCUCAUAUUAAGGCCUUGAUGAAGAAGUUAGUGUGUUCAGGAGAUGCUUCUUUGCAGAAUGCUUUAGAACUUGUUCAUGAAUAUCUGGUACAAGUUCCAUCAUAUGGCCAUCGUGAAGUUCUUAUCUUGUAUUCGGCUCUUAGCACUUGUGAUCCAGGAGACAUAAUGGAGACUAUUCAAAGAUGCAAGAAAUCUAAAAUUAGGUGUUCCAUUGUGGGUCUUUCUGCCGAGAUGUUUAUUUGCAAACAUAUCUGCCAGGAAACAGGAGGAUCAUAUUCUAUUGCUCUGGAUGAGCUCCAUCUGAAAGAACUGUUGCUGGAACAUGCACCACCUCCUCCAGCCAUAGCUGAGUAUGCAAUUGCUAAUUUGAUUAGGAUGGGUUUUCCUCAAAGAGCAGCUGAAGGUGUAGCUUCAAUAUGUGUCUGCCAUAAAGAGGCUAAGGUUGGUGCUGGUUACACCUGUCCAAGAUGCAAGGCACGUGUGUGUGAGUUGCCUACAGAAUGUCGCAUAUGUGGGCUGACUCUUGUUUCUUCCCCCCAUUUAGCAAGGUCAUAUCAUCACCUCUUCCCAAUAACACCAUUUGAUGAAGUAUCAUUUUCACAAGGAAAUAUGACUGGGAAAAAAUCAAUAGAGACAUGUUUCGGAUGCAUUCAGAAUCUGAUGAAUCCUGGUACUGCAUCUGGCUACUGUGUUACUUGCCCAAAAUGCAAAAAGUAUUUCUGUCUUGAUUGUGACAUUUAUAUUCAUGAAAGUUUACAUAAUUGUCCUGGCUGUGAGAGCUUGAGACACUCUAAAUCAAUCAAUACUGGUGAGGGCUGAAAGACCUAUCCUGCCUUGCUCGUGAUUAAAUGGUGUUAACUUGUGACAAUAAAUUUAGCUGUUUGAAAUGAGAGGCAACGAACAAACAAAGUGUAGACAGUAAAAUCUGUGUUUGCCAGACUGUUUGGAUUUCGAUGCAUCCAGAUUAUCUGUUAUAAAGCAAUUCAAGUGAUCGAGAUAUUUCGUCCAAUCCGGUCAUUUUCUGGUUGUAUCCUGCCUUGUUUGUUCAAAGCAAAGUUGGAGAUUUCAUAUUUUAUAUUCAUCCCAAUUAAAAAGGGGUAAUACUUGAAAAGUUGCCCAAUACUUAAUGAGCUUGUUCAACUUGAAUUUUGCUUGUAAAAUCUUCUUUAUUUUAGGGCAGCAAAAUGGAAAUUUGUGCUGGAAUCGAAAAUUGCUUUCAUGCAGAAUUUUAGAACAUGGAAGUGAUUUUGAUUUGUGGUUUUAUAUAUCGAAAAUGAAUUUAUGGUUUUAGUACUUGUUUUGAUUUAUAAAUAUAUUUAUUGGGAUUAA